AUGGCCUAUCUUCCUUAUGUCGAGCCUGGGCUUGAUAUCAUACUUCCCCUAUCAACUUUUGUAUUCAUACUCAACAUCACUCGAGAUGUUCUUGACAAUUUCCUGUACUGCGGACUCAUUGGUGAGAUAUUCAUUGGUAUACUCUUUGGUAUGCCCAUUACAGGGACUUCAUGGCUUGGAAUAGAAACACAAGAAACCGUGCAAUACCUUGGAUAUCUCGGACUUAUUUGUCUGGUGUUCGAAGGUGGACUGAUUACCGAUCUUGGAUUGUUGCGAAAGACGAUAUGGGUAACGCUCUCGGCAGCAAUGGUAGGAAUACUGGUGCCCAUGGCUCUCUCGUUUUCGAUAAUGUGCAUGAGGUUUGAUACUGUCGAAGGCUCGGGAUAUCCAACAGCUUUGGCGGCUUUCGCGGCAGGAGUCUCUCUAUGUUCUACAUCAUUGGGGUCCACAUUCAUUAUUCUUGCAUCAGCAAACUUACAGAAGACUCCAACGGGUACCUUGAUUGCUGGCGCCGCGAUGAUAGAUGAUAUUAUAGUCCUUGUGAUGGUCAAAAUCGUAACGGCACUUGGUCAAGGACAAACAGAUCCAUGGAACAUUGCUCGCCCUGCCGUUUCCAGCCUCGGCCUCAUUUUUGCAACAUUUUUACUGGUACCAUUCUUCAUCAAACCAUUAUACCACGCUUUCCGCUCCAUAUUCGCGAAUCAGAAAGUUGACCUGGAGAAUUUUGGCGAGAGUUACGAUACGGAAAAGGGAAUAUCACGCCAUGCUGGCUUUCUACUUUCCACACUGAUGCUCAUAGUUCUCGUAACUAUCGCUGCAUGUGUGGAAGGAUCCAUAUUGCUCUCAGCCUUUCUAGCAGGAGCAGUUGUCAGAUAUACUUGGCAAUGCGAUUCGGACAUGGAGAAAGAUCGACCUACCAUCAUGUUUGAAGGAUACUACAAGCCAAUUAUGGACCAUAUAUUGGUUCCUUUCUUCUUUGCAUCAAUCGGAUUUUCCAUUCCAGUUUCUGAGAUGUUCGCAAGUUCUAUUGUGUGGAAAGGCAUCUUCUAUGCAAUAUUAAUGUUCCUAGCCAAAGCAUCAGUCGGCCUCGUUCUUUACAUCGAAUACUUCACCGAAACAUCGAAAGUCCCAAAAAUUGCAGCACCGAGUGAAACCGAAGAAAUUGCCCAACAAGACGGAUCACCAGACGAGCAUCAUAACCACCAAACGAAUCCACCACCAAAAGCCCCUCAUCUCGAUGCCAUCAUCGUAGGAUCAACCAUGAUCGCCAGAGGAGGCUUUGGAUUCCUCGUUGCGUCCGAAGCACAAAGCUCAGGGAUUCUAAGCUUGCGCACCACCAAGGCGGCGAGACUUCUCGAGAUACAAAACUCCACCGACAAACGAGGAUUCCACACAUUGGAUGUGGUUGAAGAUCAGAUAUUCUUGGUGAUUAUCUGGGCAUUGGUUCUAUGUACGGUUGCUGGGCCUAUCGUAUCGGGUAUUGCGGUGCGACGAAAGCUGGCUGGGGAAAGAUGCGAGUGUGGGUUAUUGUUGGGUCCUCGAACUUUCGGGGAGGAUGUGGGAUGUCAUCUUUGUUUGUAG